GGCGGGCGGCGAGCGGGGUCCCGCCGCGCCGCCUCGCCGGGGCCGGCGGCCCGGGGCCAUGGGGCAGCCCCGGCGCUGACGAUGGCGGAGGGCUGGCGAUGGAGCGAGGCGGGCCGGGGCCCCCCGCGGCCCGGCCCCCGCCGCGCCGUCAGCGUCUGCGAGUCCCUGGACCUGCAGGGCGUCCCCGCCGUCCAGGCCGCCCUGCGGGCCGCCCAGCAGCAGCGGCGGCGGCCCAAGAGCUUCUGCGCGGCGGGGAACGGGCUGGCGGCCGCGGGCCUGCUGCCCCCGCCGCCCCCCGCCCGCGCCCGCGGCAGCUUGCUGGACUUCUUCAGGCUGCGCUCGCCCCGCCAGCCGGGCCCGGGGGCCGAGGCCGGGGGCGCGGCGGCCCUGCUCGACGGGGCCGACGGGGCGCGGCGCCCGCGCCCCAGCAGCGUGACUUUCCUGCCCUCGGCCCGGCAGCCGCGCCCCGCCGAGAGCCCCGGCUUCCUCCGGGGGGGCUCCCUGUGGGGCAGCCGCCGCUGGAACCUCUUCGGGGGCAGCGGCCGGAGCAGCCCCGGCCCCAGGAAGAACUUCAGCUCCCUGCGCAAAAGCUUCAGCUUCCGCCUGCGCCGAGGCCACGAGCUGCGGCGCUCAGAGUCGGGGGGGCUCCUGCGCCCCGCGCGUCUCCGCACCAAGAGCGAGGGGGACGCCAGCUCCCUGCACACCUGCCCCAGCAAGCGGGACCUGCUCUACCCGGAGCUGGCCAGGGUCGGGGGCAGGCUGCACGCCGACCCCGGGCAGGCGGGGGGCCUCUGGAAACUCCUCACGAGCCGCUUCCGAAGGCGAGAGCGUGGCAGCACCGGCAGCGCGUGCCCCAAGGACACCCACGGCAGGGCCGAGCCCGUCCUGCUGGGCAGCGGCCCACUGCGAGCGCUGGAUUCGUUUGUGAACAGCCAGGAAUGGACCCUCAGUCGCUCGGUGCCUGAGCUGAAGGUGGGCAUCGUGGGGAACCUGUCCAGCGGCAAGUCAGCCCUUGUGCACCGCUACCUGACCGGCACCUACGUGCAGGAGGAGUCUCCGGAGGGUGGCCGAUUUAAGAAGGAGAUUGUAGUGGACGGUCAGAGUUACUUGCUGCUGAUUCGAGAUGAAGGGGGCCCCCCCGAACUCCAGUUUGCUGCCUGGGUCGAUGCUGUGGUGUUUGUCUUCAGCCUGGAGGAUGAGAUCAGCUUCCAGACGGUCUACAACUACUACCUGCGGCUCUGCAGCUACCGGAACACAGCGGAGGUGCCGAUGGUGCUGGUGGGCACGCAGGAUGCCAUCAGCGCCACAAACCCCCGGGUCAUUGACGAUUCUCGGGCACGGAAGCUUUCCAAUGAUUUGAAGCGCUGCACGUACUACGAGACCUGUGCCACCUACGGACUGAACGUGGAGAGAGUCUUCCAGGAUGUGGCUCAGAAGGUGGUGGCGCUACGGAAGAAACAGCAGCUUUCCAUCGGCCCCUGCAAGUCCCUGCCCAACUCACCCAGCCAUUCGUCUGUCUCUGCGGCCUCCAUUCCUUCUGUUCACAUCAACCAGGCCACCAAUGGUGGAGGAGCCUUCAGCGACUACUCCUCCUCUGUGCCCUCCACACCUAGCAUCAGCCAGCGGGAGCUGCGGAUUGAGACCAUUGCUGCCUCCAACACACCCACCCCCAUCCGCAAGCAGUCGAAGCGGCGCUCCAACAUAUUCACGUCUCGGAAGGGCGCGGACCCGGAGCGGGAGAAGAAGGUGCCGGAGUGUAAAGCGGACAGUAUCGGCAGCGGGCGGGCCAUUCCCAUGAAGCAGGGCAUUCUCCUCAAACGCAGUGGCAAGUCUCUCAACAAGGAGUGGAAGAAGAAGUACGUGACACUGUGCGACAACGGAGUUCUCACCUACCACCCCAGCCUGCACGAUUACAUGCAGAAUGUCCACGGGAAGGAGAUCGAUCUGCUGAGAACUACGGUGAAGGUACCGGGCAAGCGGCUACCCAGGGCAACAACGGCAGCAGCACCCAGCGCUAGCCCCAAGGCCAACGGGCUGGCGAAGGAGCGGAGCAGCACGCAGCUGGCAGGAGGCGCAGGUGCUCCCCACUCGACCAGCAGUACCUCCCUGCACUCAGAGCGCUCCAUCAGCGGCAUCAACCUGGUGGGCUUCAGCUCAAAGCCCGACGGCAUGCACCAGCGCUCCUACUCCGUCUCCAGCGCGGACCAGUGGAACGAGGCGGUGGCUAUCCCCGGCAGCUGCCCCAACCCCCCUAACGGUACAGCCGAUUCUCUCAGCUCCAGCCCGAACAUUUCCAGUGCUGCCAGCCCAAAGCUGGAGCCGCCUCCAUCACCACAUGCAAACAGGAAGAAGCAUCGCAGGAAAAAGAGCACAGGGACGACACGUCCUGAUGGCCCCAGCACCGCAGCAGAAGAACCAGAUGAGCCAUUUGAGUUCAUUAUCGUGUCCCUGACGGGCCAGACGUGGCUCUUUGAGGCCUCAACGUCAGAGGAGCGAGAGCUUUGGGUCCAGGCCAUUGAGAGCCAGAUCCUGGCCAGCCUGCAGGGCUGUGAGAGCAGCAAAAAUAAGGCUCGGCUGGGCAGCCAGAGCGAUGCACAGGCCAUGCAGGCCGUGCGCACCGCACGUGGGAACAGCUUCUGCGUGGACUGCGAUGCACCAAAUCCAGACUGGGCAAGUCUGAACCUGGGCUCCCUCAUGUGCAUUGAGUGCUCUGGGAUCCAUCGCAACCUGGGCACCCACCUGUCCCGUGUGCGCUCCUUGGACCUGGACGACUGGCCGAGCGAGCUUCUCAUGGUCAUGACCGCCAUCGGCAAUGCCUUGGCCAAUGCUGUCUGGGAAGGAGCGGUGGAAGGCUACCCCAAGCCCACACCUGAGAGCAGUCGGGAGGAGAAGGAGCGCUGGAUCCGGGCCAAGUACGAGCAGAAGCUUUUCCUGGCUCCGCUGCCCCAGUCGGACAUCCCGCUGGGGCAGCAGCUGCUGCGGGCUGUGGUGGAGGAUGACCUGCGCCUCGUGGUGACGCUCCUGGCCCAUGGCACCAAGGAGGAGGUGAACGAGACCUACGGGGAUGGAGAUGGGCGCACAGCACUGCAUCUCUCCUGCGCCAUGGCCAACGUAGUCUUCACACAGCUGCUUAUCUGGUACGGGGUGGACGUGAAGAGCCGGGACGCUCGGGGCCUGACCCCGCUGGCCUACGCCCGGCGAGCUGGCAGCCAAGAAUGCAUCGACAUCCUGCUGCAGCAUGGAUGCCCCAGCGACAGUGCCGUCACCACGCUGACCCCCAGCCUGCCCCGCCGCAACACCAACGCCAACAACAAUGCCUGCACCGUGGUGCCAGCUGAGCUCGGCUCCAGCCCCAGCGCUGUCUAGCUCCUCACGGGCUCUCCGCUCACCGCAUGGCCGCCUUCAGGUCCUGCCAGGGGACCAGGGCCACAGGAGCAGGUCUGAGAGCAGCACGGCCAGGCCGCCUGCUGGGCUCACCCCCCCACCAGCACCCCUGUUCUGGCUGGGAGGAGGCGGGGGGGCCAGCAGCCUGCUCCUCUGUGCUGGUUCCUGUGGACUCUCCCCCAAUGCAGCUGGAGUAGGGGCUGUGCAGACCCAGCGCCGUCAGCUUGCAGAGGGGCUCCCUCAUAGUCACUGGGAUGGGGGGCUCCAGUACACCCCGUUCUCAUGACCGGUACGGGGGGAGGAGAGGCAGUGUCUCUGUGCCCCCCACUACACACACAUGUAGAUAAUACAGCGGCUGGAGGCAGUUCAGGUGUGCAGCCCUCCGCUGCGCAGCCACUACUGGGGAGGACAAUUGCUGCACCUGCUCUCCCAAACAGUCAGGCAGUUUGGGCACUUCCCUCCGGCCCUCCUCCCAUGUCAGCCUCGCUGUGCACCCCUGGUGCAGUGGGGAGGUGGGGGGCAGCCAGAGGUGCACGUUUCUCCACUGCACCCCUGUGCUCCUCUCUGCUUCUGACUGGUGCAGGGAGGCAUCUACUCGCUGGUACCACUCCCCACACGCUGAUGCAAAGGGAGCAUCUCUCCCACACAGCCCCUGGACAAAGGCCUCUCCAGCCUCCCUGGUGACCUAGAGGGGGAAGAGGAUGGUCACCCCAGGAUCCCCAGCUGUGUCUGUCUGUCUGUAGAGUCACUGUCCUUCCAGGUUCAAGCCCCAAAGCCAUACACGGUGUCUCCAUCACAGCAUCCCCGCUGGCUCCCGCUGCUGCCCAGGUGGGGCUGGUCUCCGGCUGAGCAAGAGGAGAGAGGAGGUGAACGUCUCCCUUUGGUUUUGAGCCAAGCCUGCAGCUGAGCGCUGGAACCCCAAGGCUUUGGACGCUGCUGUGGAACGUCUCUGUCACUUGUGUAUAAAAUGUACAUUGGAAAUAUUUAUAUGGACACUCUGUAUAUACUGUUUCUUUGCCAUGAGUUGCCCUGUGUGUGUUAUCUGCAGCCAAGGAGAUAAAUGCCAAUAAAACAACCCACCUCCUGCCAGGCCA